AUGAAGACAGCCACCCUAGAUCCAUUUUUCCGAUGUUCAACCGGGGGGCUCGCGUUGCACUUGCCACGGCAGGCCUCCUAUCGUGUACGUCGAAUAGGAAGUACUGAUGAUUGCUUCCGGUGUAAUCUUCGAUCACGCGCAAGCCUCUUGCUAAAAGGUGCUCGUUGGCUAGAGAGUCCUCUGGGAUCGCCUCUCUGUAGCCAGGCUUUCGGAAGUAGUAGUAGUAGUAGUAGUAGUAGUUUUAGCGUUAGUAGUACUAGUAGUAGUAGUUUUAGCGGUAGUAGUAGUAGUAGUCGUAGUUUUAGUGGUGGUAGUAGUAGUAGAAGUAGUUUUAGCAGUACAAUAAGUAGUAGUAGUUUUAGCAGUAGAAUAAGUAGUAGUAGUUUUAGCAGUAGAAUAAGUAGUAGUAGUUUUAGUAGUAGAAUUAGUAGUAGCAGUUUUAACAGUAGAAUAAGUAGUAGUAGUUUUAGCAGUAGAAUAAGUAGUAGUAGUUUCAGCAGUAGAAUAAGUAGUAGUAGUUUUAGUAGUAGAAUUAGUAGUAGCAGUUUUAACAGUAGAAUAAGUAGUAGUAGUUUUAGCAGUAGAAUAAGUAGUAGUAGUUUCAGCAGUAGAAUAAGUAGUAGUAGUUUUAGUAGUAGAAUAAGUAGUAGUAGUUUUAGCAGUACAAUAAGUAGUAGUAGUUUUAGCAGUAGAAUAAGUAGUAGUAGUAGUAAUAAAAGUAGUAGUAGUUUUAGUGUAAGUAGUAGCAGUAGCAGUAGUUUUAGCGGUAGUAGCAGUAGUAGCAGUAGUAGCAGUAGUAGUUUUAGUAGUAGUACGUACUAUAUCUAG